AUGGCAGAGGAGGUGAAAGAGAUCCCUGCAGCUCAGAUGUUGGCUGCAGUCUCACAGGUUGGCACAGCGCCCCCUGCUGUCAACAUCCCAGCGCGGCAACCCAGCCCCCUCUGCCUGCCUCCACAGGACCCGACCACGGAGGAGGGCACCCUGCCUUACCCUCGCUCCCCCCGGCUGUCCCGAAAAGCCAAGCAGCCAGCAACACUGUCCCGGGAAGCGCUGUCCAGGCACUUGGAGGAGUUGCAGGCGGAAAGAUCCGGAACGGAGGCCCAUUUACAGUCUCUGAAGAAAAGGAGCGAUGACUUAUCGCGGAGCGCGGAGGCCAUGAAGCAGCAGAUUGGGGAGCGCUUUGAGAUCAUGCGGCAGGCCCUGCAGCGGGAGGAGCAGGCGGCCGUGGACUGGGUCGAACAGGACCGCAGGGAGGCCAGCGGCCGCCUCAACCGGGUCCUGAAGGACUGGACGCAGCACCUGAACCAGGUCCAGAAGAACAUCGUCUGCGCGAAGAGGGCCUUGGAGCAGGCCGGGAAGGAGGGACCUCAGGAGUACACUGGGGAUCUAAGCUGCCGUAAAAAGGAGGACGCGGCACAGGAGGGGAUCAAAAUGAGUGAAGGCAGGUUCCAGAGGCUGCUGAAAGCGCUACGCAACAUUUCAAAGGACCUCCAAGCCCAGCUCCAGCGAAGGAACUUCCUGCUGGACUCCGUGGCGGUGCAGAUAGACAGACAGGCCUGUAACAGACACAUCGCGCUGGGGCGGGACCAGAGGCUGAUGUACUUCACCAGCGAGCCCCGGGCGGGCCCGGAGCUCCCCCUGCAGUUCGACCGGGUGUGCUGCGCCCUGGGCUCGGUCGGCAUGGCGACGGGGAGGCACUACUGGGAGGUGGACGUGGGGUGCUGCUCGGCAUGGGCGGUGGGCGCCACCUACGCCUGCAUCGAGCGCAAGGGCGUGGAGAAGGGCGCCAAGCUGGGCCGCAACCGCCACUCGUGGUGCGUGGAGCUGCGGGAGGGGCGCCUCUCCGCCUGGCACAACGACCACCACGUGGCCUGCCGGGUCGGCGGCCGCAAGCCCCUGCGGAGGGUGGGCGUGCUGCUGGACUACCAGAGGGGCCGGCUGGCCUUCCACGACGCGCGCACCAUGAAGCAGCUGCAGGAGUUCUCCGCCGUGCUCACGCCCGUGUUCGACCGCAUGCACCACCAGUUCAUGGAGCCCGUCUUCCCCGCCUUCCGCUUCUUCAGGCCCGACGCCGGCCAGCUCGGGCCCAGUCACAUGGAGGUCUGCGACCUGCACCUUUAA